AUGUCUGCCCUGUCCCUUGCAGACCAGGAGGUGUGUCAGCAGCCCCCCUGCAGAGUGCUUGCCGCUGUGGAGUGCCUCCCUCCUGGCCGGUCUGCCUGCGUGGCUGACGGCCAGGGGAACAUUGGGUCGGGGAACACGGGCCUCGGCAACUUUGGCAAUGACAACAGCGGCAGCUACAACAUUGGCUCCGGCAACCAUGGGGAUGCAGCCUGGGGGGAUGCGCUGAUGGGCAGCGGCCUGAGGUGCCAGGUGACGAUGGGCAGAGACCUGGCAUGCUCCUUUUCGGGCAGGGGCCCCUCCCCAACCCUGGAUCUGGGGCGGAGCCUGGCCGCGGUCAGGCCGCCCACCUCCCUCCUCCCGGCCGCCAGGAGGCUGCUGCCUGCCGCUCGCAAGGGCGCGGGCGUCCACGACGCAGCAGCCGCGCUCCCCGCUGCCUCGGCAACCCCCCCCGCCGCCCAGCUGGGGGACCCCACCCUGGUCAUGAACUGGGCCUUUUGCGGGAAGAUGGGUGCCUACGAGAUCCAGUGCACCGUCAGCAUCACGGCGCCCGCCGCCCACCCCACCCUCUACGUCCACCUGGAGCUGGGCUGGGUGUCGGCCGUCUACUCCUGCACUGCCGUGGGCCCGGGUUACGAGGGUACACUUGAGGUGUCGGGCGGCUCCGGCACCGUCGGGUACGCGUACGCUACCUACAUCACCGCCGACCGGCAGCGCCUGGUGUCCAACAGCGUCCAGCUGGAGCCAUACCCCUCCCCGCCGCCCCCCAGUGCGCCUUCCCCACCCGCAGUCUCCCCACCCCCAAGCCCCUUCCCCCCGGCGCCGCCCCCGCCGCCCCCCACCCCGCCGCCCUCCUUCCCGCCCCCGCCCCCGACCAUCACCAUGUCUUCUGCGCGGUGCACCCUGAACAGCAUGUCUGGGGAGGUCGCCUGCGUGACCACGGUGACCACCGCGGAGCUGCAGCCCGCCAUCCACGUGUCCUACCACAUCGCCAACCUGGAGGCGAAGGACGCCUACCAGCCCGACGGCCUGGUCAGCAACCACGUGUGGAGGACCCACGACGCAAACGUGGCCGGGGGAAGGGUCAGCGCGUAUUACCUGGAUGCCACGGGCGCCCAAGUGCGGACCCCCUGGGUGCGCGUCGGCAGCGCGCGCUGA